AAAAAAAAACUAACUUGACAAUUUUGACAGAGAUGUAAGCUACUUGAUAUUAAUAACUUGUUUAAUGAACUGUUUUAUAAAAACAGUCCUGCUGUUGUAUUGAAUGCGAAUUACAGCUGUGCUGAACUGCUCUUGUUGAUAUUGCUUAAAUAACGCAACCCCAAACCCUGUGUCAUUGAACUAUUUCAAGAAUCAAGCCCUGAACAAACUGUUCCUUUAAACUUCUCUGAGUGUGUGUGUGUGUGUGUGUGUGUACUGAAUGGAGUGUCGUUUUUCAGCGCUUAACUCCUCCUCUGCAUUCUGCUCGCCCAGCACACACACACACACACACACACACACUCGCUCGCGCAUUCCCCAUCCGCAGCUCAACGCACAGGGAAACGGAGCGUCUUCGCGUCCGAACGCACCGUUUUCAGUGUUCGUGCUUCAGCUCACCAAACAUGACGGUUGCAUUUCGCAAUGUGGAAGAAACGAGCAGCUGAUCUGGGGAGGAAGCUGUGUUUUAUGUGACUGAAAGACGUCUUUGGGAUAGAGACCGCGGAGGCGCCGCGACCGUUGUUGCAACUUUUGUUGCAAUUAGCACGCGCGCUUACUGACGGUUGCGCGUUGUAAAGAAAGAGUCGCUCAACUUUUGCGCUCGAUUGGUUUGGCCAUUGUGGAAUGUAGAAUCGGGCGAGAACGCACCUAUUUCAGCCUUUUUGUUUGUGUUUGGUAAGUUUGUCAGCAGAGGACACGGCGCUUCACGUCUGGAGCUGAGUUUGCAGUUUGUUGCGGGGAUACCGAUGAAACUGUCGAGCUUUGUGUGAAAACUUCUUAAAGUAAUCAUGCACAACUUGGAUUUAAAUUCAUGUGUCAAGGAUUAUUUCUGAAAGCUCUCGUGUGUUUUUCCUGCGCUGAGUGGACUGCGCCGUUCUCGUGCACUUCAGAGUCGACACAAACUCUUGAUUUUGUUACCGUCGCGAGACGCUCGAGAACAUGCCACAGCUUAACGGAGGUGGAGGGGAUGAGUUGGGGGCGAAUGAUGAAAUGAUCUCAUUCAAAGAUGAGGGCGAACAAGAGGAGAAAAUCUCCGAAAACGUGUCUGCCGAAAGAGAUCUGGACGACGUGAAGUCUUCUCUAGUGAACGAGUCGGAAAAUAACAGCAGUUCAUCCGAUUCUGAGCAAACCGAGAGGCGCCCUCAACCAAGAGCUGAUCUUGAAAGUUAUGAGAAAGCCCGAGAGUAUUUCACUGAAGGUACGAGCAAACUGCUGCUAUGGCAUGCCGAUUUAACAAUUAUUCCUUAA